AUGUACAAGCCGGUGGCGUGCACGUGCCCAGACCCCGGGCGCAGCGACUGCAACCUGUGCUCGAAGCUGCACUUCAUGCGGGACCUAUUGAUGCAGGAGCGGGAGUUUGUGUUUCUAGACAGCGACGUGACAGUGCUGCAUCGGGACUUUCUGGAGCGGCUGGCGAUUCGUGCGCGCGGCUUCGACUUUCUGGCGUCGUACGGGUUUGCGGUGCCGUGCGCGACGAAGUUGAUGAGGCCGUUCAACUCAGGGGUGUUCUUCAUGCGGUGGAUCGAGGGCGUCGACUACCAGAAGCUGCUGCGGCUCCCGUGGGAACUGCGGUCUAACAACGAUCAGAACGCGCUGUCCGCGUUCGUGCAGCGCGAGUACCGCGAGUGGGACGUGCUCGGCAUGCAGUGGCACUGCAGGUUUCUAGCGGGGGGUGAGGUGCGGAUCCCUGCGGAGAGGUGCUACACGGUGCAUGGGCGGGGCCCGGUGGUGAAGGAGGUGAUGGAAAGGGCGAAUCGGACGUGGCUAAAGGUUGGGUGA